UUCACAACCCGUCUGCUUGUGCCUACCUCACGAAUUGGUUGCUUAAUUGGUAAAGGUGGAGCUAUCAUUAUCGAGUUGAGAAGGCUCACCAAAACUAAUAUUCGAAUACUGUCAAAGAAAAAUCUCCCCCAGGCUAGUAUUGCCUUGGAAAAUGAAAUGGUGUGGGUAUCUGGGGAUCUUGUUGUUGUCAAGGAGGCUCUAGUACAUAUAGUAACCAGGCUUAUAGCCAACCUUUUUUAUAGAGAAGUCGCUCUCUCAGCUGUUCUGCUGUAUCUUCCUCUAACAACUGAUGGUUCAGAUAGUCUAAGCUAUGAUGGUAAAGAAGGUAAAAGACAUGGGCGUGGACAUUCAUAUUCAAGUGGUUUUGGGGAUUUCAAUGAUUUGGCUGGUGGUGAUGGUUAUGAAAGCUACAGUGGCUCACAGAUACAUAUAUUAACCUUGACAUGUUUGAUUAUAGCAAUGGGGACUGUGGAGAAGAAGCCUUACGAGGAUAAAGCUGUUAAGCUAAAAGCAGAGUAUGAAAAGGCAUUCGAAAGUCAAAAUGGUAAGAAUGAAGAUGAUGACAAAGAGGUGGAAGAGAUCGGAGAGAAAGAGGUUGAAGAAAUAAUAGAAGAAGAGUAA